AUGGCCGGCUCCAUGGGGACCAACGUCUUCAUGCAGGGCAGCUCUGGUCUCAUCCGCGGUGGACCUAUCUCGUUGCUCAUCGGGUACAUCUACAUGGCCACCAUCCUCGCCGCCGUCAACAUCGGGCAAGCAGAGAUGGUCUCCUGGCGUCCGAUCACCAGCAACUUCAACCGACUUGCCUCAGUCUACGUCGACCGAUCUACGGGAGUCGCAAGCAGCGUCAACUACCUGGUCCUCAUGGCCAGUCUGGUCUGCUUCGAGAUCACCGCUGGAACGGCCGUGCUGAGUUACUGGACCGCCGCCGACCUGGACAUCGCCAUUCCCUUUGCCUUCCUGGGGGCAUAUUGCGCCCUCAACAUCUGGUCGACCAAGUUCUUUGGAGAGGGUGAAUUCUGGAUUGGGAUCGUCAAGAUCAUCACCAUCACCGGCCUCCUCGUCUCCACCAUCUUCUUCAUGAGCGGAGCAAAUCCUCAACGAGACUCCUUUGGAUUCAGGUAUUGGCUACAUCCAGGACCCAUGAACGAAUGGCAAGCCACGGGCUCCACAGGUCGCUUCAUUGGCGUAAUUGCCGGGUUGGUGAACGCUGCGUGGGCUUUCCAGGGACCAGACAUGGUGGGGAUGAUCUCGUGCGAUGCCAAGAACCCUCGCGUCACCGUUCCCAAGAUCUACAAGACAGUCUGGAUCCGUCUGUCGGUCUUCUUUGUGGGAUCCGCCCUCGGAAUUGGAAUCAUGACCCCACACGACGACCCGAUCCUCAUCGCCGCCGUUGCAAAUUCGGCACCGGGAGCGGCCAGGUCUGCUUGGGUGCGAGGAAUGGACCGACUGGACAUCCCUGUGCUGCCUCAUAUCAUCAAUGCCGUCAUCUUCACCAGUGUCUUCUCUGCGGGCAACGCCUACGUCUAUGCUGGCGCCCGCACUCUCUACGGUCUCGCUGCCGAGGGGACCUUCCCCAAGAUCUUUGCCCGCACCAAUCGCAACGGUGUGCCUUACGUAGGGGUGAUAAGCAUGCUCCUCAUCGGUCUACUGUCCUUCCUGCAGGUCUCGACCAACUCAUCCGUCGCACUCGGAUACUUUGUCGAUGUGUCCACAGCAGCCCUCCUCGUCACCUGGGUGAUCAUGUCCCUCACGCACAUCCGUUUCCGCCAAGCCAUCCACGCACAAGGCUUCGAUCACUCUCAACUCCCCUACUGGUCUCGCAGAUUCGGUGGAUGGGCAGGGUGGUAUGGUCUCGUAAAUGCUACGCUAGUCCUCGUCGUCAGCGGCUACAUGAAUUGGAUUCCGGGAAACUUCGACUCCACCAACUUCAUCCUGGCCUACUUUGCCCUCUUCUUCACAGUCGCCGUUUAUCUAGGCCACAAGAUCUUCACUCGCAAACCUUGGAAGAGGGCGGAGCUGGCAGCGGCGGAUCUGGCCGAAAUGAAUGCUGAGGCUGACCCGGAGAAGACGGAGAUGGAAUCGCAAGGAAAGCUGGCUAGACGUAUGCCCGUUUCGCUCAGGAAGGUAGCCAAGAAGUUUGAAGGUGUCUUGUGA